CUAUUAGAACGACUAUGACGACGCCGGUGAUGCCAAAGCAAAGGAUCGAAAGGAAUGGUGGCCCUUCGCGAGCCAUCCGCCCACGUUCCCUGGCGACAAUAACAUUUUUGAUAAUACUUAGCUCUAUAACGGGAGGACGGGCUGCCUACAACGCCACCGCUUACAAGAUAGCGGCCGGCGGCAAAUAUGUGUCGUGCGGGUGGUACACCAUCGACGCCACCAUGUGGGCCGACAGCACGUCGGCAUGGAUGUACCUUACGGACCUGCCGUGCGAUCCGCUGACCCAGACGCCCUGCAAGCCGCCCUCCGACCCGGCCCUGACGCCUGUGUCGUGUGUGGGGCUGGCCACGUGCGAGCGGUCCACCUCCGCACCCAGCGCCGUGCCGCUGUGCCUGGUGGUGGCCAACACGGACGCGGGCGCGGUGCUCACAAUAAACCUGGACGUGCAGGGCUCGCAGGUGCCGGUGGAUGCCGGCGGCGGCGGCGGCUCCUCCGGGCCGCUGUCCGACUACGAGAUCAUCCUCAUUGCGGUGGGCGGCGGCGUGGGCUGCCUCAUCCUGCUGACGCUGGUGGGACUGAUCAGCUGGCUCAUGUGCUGCAGGAGACCGCCGCAGGGGCAGGUCCACCCGCUGGUGCCCAACGACGACAUGGCGCUGCUGGCCGCCAAGAGCCGCGCCGCCACACCCGCCUUCCCGCCCGGCAUGGGGCCGCGCAUCAUGACCGGCACCAUGACGCUGCUGCCGCCGCCCGUGGCAGGCCUCCCUGCCUACGGGCCGCGCAGCCUGGCGGGUCCACACGCGGCGCUGUCGCCAGGGCGCAGCGCCGCCUUCCUGGCGCCGCUGCCCACCACAGCGUACGGAGCCUUGCCGUACAACUCGCCCGGCGCAUCGCCCGGGGGCACAGGGGCUAUACCCGCCGCACGCCCGGCGCAGUAGCCAGGUCCGGCACGUGCGGCCCUGCCUGUCUGCCGCCUCAUCGGCGGCAGCAAUGGCGGGGCAGCCAAGGGCAGCAGCUGCAUGAGGGUUUGAGGGGGCAUGUGAGGGCCCAGACUCCUCCUGGUCCUGGUCCGUGACCCCAAUGUUUCAAUGCUCGAGUAGGACUGGCCCUCGGGUUGUGGGCGGCGUGGGCAAGGUGAGUCAAGGUAAUGCACGCGCGUGAAGUUGAUCAUAAUUACAUCGUUGUUAGCUUAUGAAUGUCAUAGGCGCGUCAUAGGUCGUAUGUAGGUAUACUACUUACGUCUAUGUGAGACCCUGUGAUGGACAGCUGGACAGGCCGGUAGCUGGACAGGCCGGUAGCUGGACAGGCCGGUAGGUCACCACCACAUGGGCUGCUGCGCCUGUGUUUCCCUUGACAAGACUCUUGACCUGCAUUUUCGACGUAACUAUGUGGCUGCAAAAUGUACGUCACUACUUGCGAGACGGGUUCCAAUGACUGAACGAAUGGGUGUGAAGAGAAGCUCUUGAUGAUUGUCAAGGCCUGCGCAAACUGUUGAUAGAUUCGUGUUGCAUGUAACCAAGCAUGUGA